AUGAAGCUAAAGAAAGGAGCUCUUUUAAAUUAUCUGGACUUUGACAGUGUCUACUGUCUUCUCUCCCUGCGCAACGCCAAAAUACUGUCUGAUUACUUCAAAAUACUGGAUGUCCACAACAGGAACACUCUGAAUGACAUCCAGUUCUACCACUUCAUGCACCAUGUGACUGACCUGAAGAAGAAGGAGAUCAUGAUGACCUUUGACAUGCUAGACUGGAACGCCAGCGGAGAGAUCGGCUUCGAACAGUUCUACAUGCUGGUCUGCAUCCUGCUCUGCAGCGAGUACCAUGUGGAGAAGAACUUCAUCUUCCGUCACUCCAGGCCGGUGUUUGAGUUGCUGGACAUGGACGGAGGUCGCACCAUCAGCCCCGCCGAGUUCCAGGCCUCUGGCUUCCUGUUCAACCUCAAGGGUCACGCCCUCGAUAAGAUCUUCUACGAGUUCGACGUCUCCGGAGACGAGCACCUGAACUACAAGGAGUUUAAGAUGUUCACUAUGGCCUGUAUCGACAUGCAGGAGGAGACCAAGAAGAUGCAGAAGUAA